UCAGGCGACCUACGAGCGAGUAUCUGAGUCUGCUCGGUGUGACGUUUACAUAACCAGUCGAGGAGAGAAGAGCGCGCAGAAUCUGACCUCGCGGGUCAACGUGAAACCACCACGCACACCAUUCUGUUGACCUGGGCCAAAGGUAACCAGCUCCAGACACAAAGCCUGCGUAGUCCACCGCUGAGAUGAUAAAGAUACCACACUGGAAUACCGUCUUGGUUUAAUGGGUCCAAUCAUCGGGAUGUCUCCGGAUAAGAAAGCCGAGAGCCCUGGGGUGGUGGCGGAGGAGCGUGCGGGGAGGCAGGCCCCGUGGGGCGGCGCGGGCACCCUGCCCGAGGCCCAGUGCGGCGCGUCCAGCCCGCUGGCCACGCGACUGGACCAGGCGGCGGCCGACGAGGAGCUGACCAACCUCAACUGGCUCCACGAGAACCUGCUGCAGAACUUCACGCUGGGCGGGCCCGGCGGCGAAGCGGCGCCCGGCGGCGGCAGCAGCCCGCUCUUCGACAUCGAGGGCGAGCCGGCGCUCGGGCCGCUGGCGUCCGCGUCCUCGUCGUCCGCGGGGGGCGCCGGCCACGGCGGGGAGCGGGACUCGGUCAAGUCCAAGCCGCCCUUCUCGUUCUCGCUGCUCAUCUACAUGGCCAUCGAGCAGUCGCCCAGCAAGUCGCUCCCCGUCAAGGACAUCUACGGCUGGAUCCUCGAGCACUUCCCCUACUUCUCCAGCGCCCCCACUGGCUGGAAGAACUCGGUGCGCCACAACCUGUCCCUCAACAAGUGCUUCCGUAAAGUGGAGAAGAACCUUGGGAAGGUGAACGGUAAGGGCUCUCUGUGGUGUGUUGACCCAGAGUACCGGCCCAACCUGAUCCAGGCCUUGAAAAAGCAGCACUUCCCUACCGCACACGCCUUCUGUACACCACCCGCCUCCCCGCCCAGUGCCUCCUCGCCCCCGCGCCACCUCCUCCUGCAGGGCUGCUCGCUCAAAGAGUCUGACAUUGAUGCUGCCACUGCCAUGAUGCUCUUAAACUCGGCCCCCGGGCACCACGCAGACCGAUGUGGUGCUGACAGUCCACUGGACCUGUCUCGUCCCGACUCGGUGCUGGUGAGCAGCGACCCCAAGCAGGACCACAACUACAGCAGCGUGCCCGUGCAGCGCUGCGCCUCUCCCGCCUCCUCCUCUUCCUCCUCCUCCUCCUCCUCGCUCUCCUCCCUGGACGAGGGCGGACGCCGGCGGGCCCACCGGCAGCCGCGGCGCGCCGGCAGCGAGGGCUUCCACAGCGACGAGGACUCGGACGCCGAGCCGGACACGUACCCCGGGAGCCCGGGGGAACAGCGGAGGGGGGGUCCCCCCCCACCCCACGGGCGGCCCUCGUCCCCGCCCCCGCCGCCCUCGCUGAAGGGGCCGGCCAGCAAGCGGCCGCGGCGCGAGGCCAAAGCCGAGCUGGACGAGGAGCUCAAGGAGGCGGCCGGCUCCCUGCUGCACCUGGCCGGCAUCCGCUCCUGCCUGGAGGCCACCUCCAAACACGCCGCCAGGAGCAAAAAACUGGGCAGGAAGUGAGGCGCGGGGAAGGUGCGCGUGCGUGCGUGGAUGUGUAGCGCGGCGUGGCGUGGCACGACGCCCGUCUUUUGUGAGAAAAGAAAAAAGAAAAAGGAGAGAGGCUCAGGCCUCUUCUACAAGACGCAGCCUCUUCCCACCCUUCCUCACGCUCUUUCUCUAGUUCUCUCUCCAUCUCUCUCUCUCUCCCUCUCUCUCACUCUGUGCUCCUGUGAACACUCCCACAGAUUGCCCCUGACUUUGUGUCUUGGUGUGCCUCCUUCCCUCUCCUCUGAUCCGUGAAUUGUCCCAUUUUGUUUUUUGGAUCAUGACUGAAAAUCAAGAAAAACGGUGACAAAAAGUGACAAAAUGGAAAGCGGUCCCUCACUCUCAGCCUCACCUAGCUCGACCAUAACGACAACAACGGCAAUAGAACCAUUCCCACAGGAGAACAAAGCCAUAUGGGGACUUCUGUGAGGGACCGUAAAAGACAUUGAUGCCUAUCCAACCCUGACCAUCUGCCUUGCAGUGGGCUUCGCAUCGUGUCAGAGUUCAAGGAUAGUGUUUUUUUUUUGUUUUUGUUUUUUUUUGUACUUUUUUUCCUUUUUUGGUUUCAUUUUGUUUCCUCGAAAAAGAUGGACUACAAGAUGUUGCAUGCUUCCUCUUCAAAUCGGUGUCCUCUUCCACGUGAAUCUAUUUAUACAGAGAAUGAGUGCAUGUCUGUGUUAUAUAAAGCUAACUUCUCCUGGCCACUGUUCAUUCCCCAUUACCCAAGCGAAAAGACAAAAAAAUGUAAAAAAAAAAAAAAAGUGAAAAGUGACCACCUCUUUUUUCGUCUGAAGUGUACUGCCUCACCUUCCCUACAUCCCCCUACAAUAUGAGAUGCAAUAAUUAUAAUCACAAAAAACCUUUAACCCCUCGAUACUGGUCUGGGUUGAGAAUGUCACUGUCCUGGACUGUUGAUGUCAAAAAAAAAAAGUCUCUUUGUGGUGGUUUUUGUUUCUGUUUUGUUUUGUCUGGUUCUUGCUUUGGAUCUCCAGCUUCCUUUCGGUGGCUACGGGUCAGUCUCACGGCUGCCAACAAUCACAGUGUAUCCAUGGAGAGGAGCCUCUCUGCUCUCAGCUACUCAAUGGACUUGAUGGGGGAAAUGAAUAAAUAAAUAAAAAAAGAAGUGGCAAAGACUCUCAAUGAACAGCCACUGCCUGGAGAGCUGGCAUGGAGGAGCAGGGGGAACGGAGAGGAGAGGAGAGGGGCCGAUUCUCCCCGCUCCAGCUGAGAAGAUCCUUACCCCCCUCACCCCUCCCUCUUGCCCCCUCAGGAUGGGAAUCCACUGUAUGUGCUCUCUUCUCUUUAUGUCUCUAUCUCUCUCUCUCUUUAUCUCUCUCUCUCCCUCUCUUUCUCCCUUUCUCUCUCUUCUUGUUACUGUUGUCACAGUCUCUUCUCAGUUAUUUUUGUUUUCUAUGUGUGCAAACCGAGACUGAUAUUCGUUGCAAAACCUCUUAAUUUGGUUUCUGUGUUAAACCUAUGCAAAAAGAAAAAGGCAACCGUGGUAGCUCUUGUUCAAAAAGUAUGACCAAUUAACCUUCAGUGUGUGUGUCUGCGUGUGUGUGCGUGUGUGCGUGUUUUUGUGUGUGUGUGUGAGUGUGUGUGUGAGACCCAGUGUGCAGUGCGGUCCCAGAGCUAGAGCUGUGGUGCUGUCGGCGGCGGAGCGGGCCGAGACACACAGGUGCACAGCUCCUCUCUGGGAGGGGCACAGGGAGGAGGAGCGGCAGCAUCUGCUGCCCCGUGUCCAAAUGGGACCUCAUCUCUGGGACCCCAGGGAUGUGCACCACACAGUGUUUAGAGCACAGUUGUGGGACUUACGUGUGUGUGUGUGUGUGUGUGUGUGAGUGAGAGAUCCAUGGCCGGCAGCCUGGACUCAUGUCUCCCUCUUCUUAAUAUUCGACUCGUUCAUUUUUUUUUGGUUUUCACCGCGCUUUCUCUGCUCAUCACACCGGGCUUGUUUAAUGAAGUCGAGGUGACGGAUCACUGCCAAUGGAUCACAUUUGAUUAGACUAGUUAAGGAGGAAUGUGUAGCGGGAGAAGAAAGGACCAGUUGUGUCUCCCUCGGUAGGCAGAGCAAAAAGCAAAAAAAAAACGUGGAUCUAGUGAUAGGUACAGUAAGAGUAGAUUGCGCAUGCCACAGUGAGGUGGGCCAGAGAGUGAGAGGGAACUUAAGACUCUCGAGGAUCAGGGCUUCAGAAGAGUGUUGUCACUCAUUAGCCAAGUAAUUAGCCUAUCCGAGUGUCUUAUUAGCAACACGAGUCCCGCUGAUAAGCAUUAUAGUGUCAAAUAAAUCCCAGUAGUCGUGGUUUAUUUUGUGCCAUAAAGGCCCUUUUUAAAAUUCAUUAUUGUUGCCAAAACGUUUUGAUUUGCUGCCAUGUGCGUUUUCUCUGCGAAAGGCUUUCUGAUUUGUGGAUCAAACUGAAGACAACUGUGCACUUGGUGACAAGCUUUAGAGUGAUGGAGCUACCGGGUGUGAUCGGCUCAGUUCAUAGUCUCUGCAUGGAGAUUCUGACUUCUGAAUUAUUGUCAGAUCCUGUUCUGUCGCAUAGGUUUGUCUUGGCAUUGAUUUGCAAGUGAAGCCUAGGUAUGCUCGUCAGGACAAAUUGUAAUUUCUCUCAGUAUCGCAAUGUCCAUACUGCCACAGAUCAAUGGUUUUGCUUGUCAUUACAUUCUAUGUUGUCAGAUGCACUGUUUGGGUGGGUCUUCCUAACCUGAACCAUUACUGCCAGGCCUCCUGUGUGUCAAUAAGCGGGUGUGCAAGAUUAUGAAAGAAAGAUGUUUUUCAAAACGUUUUUUUCUAAUUAUUCAGUUAUUUGCCAACAUUUUCCAAAUGAAUUAAUGUGACCUGAUCAUCCUGAAUGUCUGGGGUCGGCACAACUCAACUAAUUCCAGAAUAACGUCUGGACUUUUGCUCAUUAUAGGCUAAUUUUUGAUCAGUUUUGUCAUUUGAUGUUAUUUAAGUCAAAGCUAGUUUAACUGCCAACUAUUAAUUUGUUUGUGCUGCCACUUGUGCAAACAUAUGUUUGCAAGUCUGUCAACUUCCACAGAAGUCUGUUAGCCGGAGUUGAUUAGGAUGAAUAAGGUGCAUUCAUAGUACAUGGGUCUGUGUGGAGAUAGCUUCACAUCGGUCGUGCCAGUCUUUAUGAUUGCUUUGAGUGAUUGAGAUUAGGGUGUGUAUUUUGUGAGUUGAGAUCCACAGUACUGUUCUUGUAGAUGAUGUAAGCACCCCCAUUUGCAAGGACAUUUUGCCACUCACUCACUCACUCAUGAAUUGCUUUAAUUGAAUUAAAACAAUGCUUUGAGUUUAUCAAAUGCCCAUUCACCAUUAUGAGGAUCAUUACCUUUUCUCUCUCUUGUUUUUGUCAUGUUGAACUAACUUGAGCUGCCAAUCCAGUAUCAGUUUGCGUCUGUUGUCCAAUGUCUGUCAGACAGACAUACCCUUGAGUUUUGUAUGCUAACCUCUGUUAAUAAAAUGUUUAUAAAGUUUAUUUUCGCCAAAGAUAUGCAAUUGCAUUAUAUAUGGUAUUACUGAAUAAAAAUGUUCUUGUUUUAA